AUGCUCAGGAGAGGGGACCUGGAGUGCGAGUUUGACAGCGAAGAGCAAAAGCGUCAGUCAUUUUCCUUUGCGAAAGGCAGAAAUCACGAACCCACACACCAGGUUCAACGCUGUUUUCUUCUCCACUUUCAGAGUUUGGAGCCUCUUCCAAUGGGGGGGCCGGACUUUGGUGCCUUGGGAGAGGAAGCUGAGCUGGUUGAAGUUGAACCGGAGGCCAAGCAGGAAAUUCUGGAAAACAAAGAUGUGGUGGUGCAGCACGUGCACUUCGAGGGACUGGGAAGGACCAAAGACGACAUUAUCAUGUAUGAAAUCGCUGAUGUUUUCAAGGCCAAAAAUCUCAUUGAUGUAAUGAGAAAAUCGCAUGAAGCUCGUGAAAAGCUGCUUCGUCUGGGAAUCUUUAGACAGGUCGAGGUUCUGAUUGACACCUGUCAAGGAGAUGAUGCCCUUCCAAAUGGUUUAGAUGUUACCUUCGAGGUAACAGAAUUGAGAAGACUAACGGGAAGCUAUAACACUAUGGUUGGCAACAACGAAGGCAGUAUGGUACUUGGCCUCAAAUUCCCAAAUCUCUUUGGCCGUGCAGAAAAGGUAACCUUCCAGUUCUCCUACGGAACAAAGGAAACUUCAUAUGGCCUGUCGUUCUUCAAACCACAGCCUGGCAAGUUUGAAAGAAAUUUUUCAGUUAACCUGUAUAAAGUAACGGGGCAGUUCCCUUGGAGCUCUCUUCGGGAAACUGAUAGAGGAAUAUCGACAGAAUUUAACUUUCCAGUCUGGAAGACCAAUCACACACUGAAGUGGGAGGGUGUGUGGAGAGAGCUUGGCUGCCUUGCUAGAACAGCGUCCUUCUCCGUUCGAGAAGAAAGCGGACACUCUCUUAAAUCUUCUCUCUCUCAUGGCAUGGUAAUUGAUUCCCGUAACUCCUCAAUCUUGCCAAGACGAGGUGCUUUGCUGAAAAUUAAUCAGGAGCUGGCUGGCUAUACAGGCGGGGACGUGAGCUUUCUGAAAGAGGAUUUUGAAUUUCAGUUGAAUAAGCAACUUAUCUGGGAUUCGGUUGUUUCAGCAUCACUUUGGGGUGGAAUGCUAGUGCCUAUUGGAGACAAGCCAUCCAGUAUAGCUGAUAGGUUUUACCUUGGUGGACCAACGAGCGUGCGUGGAUUCAGCAUGUACAGCAUUGGACCCCAGAGCGAAGGUGAUUACCUGGGAGGAGAAGCCUACUGGGCUGGAGGCUUGCAUCUGUACACCCCUCUGCCUUUCCGGCCGGGCCGCGGAGGCUUUGGGGACCUUUUCCGAACACAUUUCUUCCUUAAUGCUGGAAACCUCUGCAAUCUUAACUAUGGCGAUGGUCCCCGGGCUCACCUGCAGAAGCUGGCAGAGUGCAUCCGCUGGUCUUACGGCGCGGGAGUGGUGCUCCGCCUCGGCAACAUCGCCCGACUGGAGCUCAACUACUGCUUCCCCAUGGGAGUACAGUCUGGUGACAGGAUAUGCGACGGUGUUCAGUUUGGAGCAGGAAUCAGAUUUCUAUAAUACAGCAACAUUUUACAGAAGUGUACGAAGCUGUGCUCUGUAGUUGAAAUCAAGACUGUAACACAGCUCAAUACGGUCUAACUUUUCUCUUGAAAUACAGCUGCACAUCUGAGUGAUUUACCUCUCAGACUCCACAAGAAACUACAUUAAAGAAUUACGUGCUAAAGGU